CAUUAGACUUCCCCUUACUUUACAUUUCCGCAAAGUUUUGGAGUUGUGGCAGGCUUCCCUUAAUCGGGUUUAUUACAGUUUUGUUUAUAGACAUUUAUAAGCUAAAAGAAAAGAUGAGUGAAAUUAAGCCCAAUGAUAAAGGGUCGAGUGAAGAGAGCGCCGAGGAACAAGACUGGGCAGCGGCUAAGGCUGCUUUCGACAACCUCAAAUCUAACAAACCCAGACCUCCCAAACCCAAGAAUGCAGUCACCAUCGCCGUCUCCUCUCGCACUCUCUUCAACAUGAAGGCCGAGAGGAAGAUCUUUGAGGAAGAGGGCUUAGAGAAGUAUGUCGCUUUCCAGCAGGAACAUGAAAACGAGCCCCUAAAACCAGGACCUGCUUUUCCCUUCGUCAAGGCGCUGAUGAACGUCAACACUCAACUGAGGGAGCUCUAUCCAGACAACGAGGAGCUGUUUGAUAUCGUCUUAAUGACCAACAACCAUGCCCAAGUGGGAGUGCGCCUCAUUAACAGCAUUAAUCACUAUGAUUUGACCAUAGAGAGAUUCUGCAUGACAGGAGGGAAGAGUCCUAUUGGUUACCUGAAGGCCUACCUGACAAAUCUUUACCUCUCCAAAAGUGCAGACAAAGUCAUACAGGCCAUAGAUGAAGGAAUUGCUGCUGCCACAAUGUUCACGCCGGACACAGAGCAGGAGCUAAGCAACACUCAGUUGAGAGUGGCGUUUGAUGGUGACGCUGUUCUCUUCUCCGACGAGUCAGAGAUCAUCGUGAAGCAGCAUGGCCUGGACUCUUUCUUUGAGCACGAGAAACAUUUUGAGAACAAACCUCUCGCUCAGGGACCAUUAAAGUGUUUCCUGGAGGCCCUGGGAAAGCUCCAGAGAAAAUUCUAUGCCAAGAACGAGCGUUUGAACUGCCCCAUCCGAACCUUCCUGGUCACGGCCCGCAGCGCUGCCAGCUCUGGAGCUCGUGUCUUGAAGACCCUCCGCAGCUGGGGCCUGGAGAUCGACGAGGCUCUCUUCCUGGCGGGGGCUCCGAAAGGGCCCCUGCUUCAGAAGAUCAGGCCGCACAUCUUCUUUGACGACCAGAUGUUCCAUAUUGAAGGGGCCACGGAACUGGGAACCAUAUCCGCACACGUCCCCUAUGGAAUCGGACAAAAGUACCACAAGGGAAAACUCAUCGAGCAGCCUAAAAAAAAGGAAUAACCUAAGAAAGGUUAAAAAAAUAAUAUUACACUCGCACUACUUUUGCUCCAGAUUAAAUAUUUAUAUUCAUAAAAAAAUGUCCAUUAAAGGAAUCCUAAUUUUUAAAGGAAUUUGCUCAUGAAUUGGCAAUAAGCAUUUUCCUCAUGAGAGGGAAUAACUGCUGAACAGGAGAAUGUAUUUUCACACCAGAGUUACACUAGGUGCUUUACUUUCACUUACUGCUGUCGAGGAAAAGCAACCUUUUGGUUGGUUUUAAUGUUUGUGCUUACCACUUGAAAGAUCUGCAGAAUAAGUUUUCUGCUGUUUUUUUUUAUUAUGUUCAUAAAAAAGGUUUAUCCCUUUUAUCUGUGAGGUUUUUGGCAAAUACAUAUAUAAAUAUAUACAUAUAAAAGUACUGGUACAGAUCACCAAUUCCAUUAUUUUCGGUGUUUGGCAAAAUCCUCACCCAUUUCAUAUUUUGAAAGGGAUUUUAGGAGGUAGAAUAACUUCAGCUUACAAGGAGCGCUGAUGCUGUUUCUGUGUGUUACUGUACUCAUUUAUUUUUGAAGUGCCACAAAACUUGAUGUUGUUCUGUAGGCUGUUUACGCUGAGUCUGUGUGUCAGCCAACAAGCUGUAACCAGACUUUCUAGGAUGGACUGACUACAUCUACGUAUGCCUUUGUAUAUGUUUGCAGAUAUUUAUGAAAUUUAUAUUGCAUAAAUAUGUACCUUAAUGGUCUGCAUAACUAAAUGUCAGGAAGAAGUUGCACAGAUACACUCGCAUGUUUUUAUAUGCUGGUAUAUUUAAUCUUUUUCAUUUUUGUACUCACAUUGUGGUAACACAAUGAUAGCUUGUCUACACCAUUUGACUUUUCUACCAGCGAGUAGUUAGAUAAAUAAAGGAAUGCGAUGAAACCCCA